GGAGCAGCAUGUCGGGCUUUAUAUGAUGAGCGCGCGGGGCAUACCCCAGAUCUACGAUCUGAUCUAGCCCGGCACAAUACGCCGGAACGGGUGAGAAUGUUCCGCGCCCGGGCCUGCUCCUCCCCAUCUCCAUCUCCUCGGAAGAAGGGCUGCUGUGUCGCCGUAUCCUUGGAGAAGGAGAGCGCUAGCACCCAGAAAUUGCGACUCUGGAGGAUUUUCGCCCGUUCUUCCUGCCUCAGUGGCCCCAAAAUCUGGGAUGACAUCACGACGCCUUUUCUUCCUUUUUUGGGCACGCCGCAGUCAGCAGCCUGUGCACCGCGCUCCCCCUUCUCCAGUCAGCAUGGGCCCGCGCUACGACCAUCGGGUGCAAGGUUCAGGCAACGCGCGGACGGCUGCCAAGGCGUCCUCAGGAUCCGGGUGACAUGGGCACAGGAACAGAGCGUACAGUCCUGCCUUCCUGUGGGCGUGGAACGUGGUCAGGUGCCGCCCUCGUACCAUUGGGGAUCCCCAGCUGCUUCCCAGGCCAUGCAUCCUGACAGCUACUCACAGAAGACGCCCUGAUGCGGUGGCCGGCGGCGGGCGUAACAGAAGUACUGCUCGCGGACUUCUUUUUACUUUCCUGCAAUUCAUCCGCGCUGCGUCCUCACUA